GAUAAACGUCGUCGUGUUAGUUUCCUUUAGGUUUUGUUCCGUUCCUUGCUUCACCAUUGAAGAAGGCAAGGAAAAGCUCGUGAAGAUGGAGACUGAGCCUCAAUUUCAGAUUGAGCUUGGCAACCUCAUGGCCUUCGACCUUCAUCACAACUUUCCUUCCCCUCCCUCUUCCAGGGAGGAGUUGGUGAAGGAGUGCCUAAAGAGAGGAACCGAGUUAGUUCAAGCUAUUGCCAAUACGCUUUUCAACUUACCUUCUACUGUGGAUGUAGAUGGUCCCCUAGUCAAGUUGCCUCUCCCAACGACUCGGUUGCCUAGGGAGAAGCCCCUACCAAAGCCUAAGCCUCCAACAAAAUGGGAAGUAUUUGCAAAAGCCAGAGGUAUAAAGAAUCGAAAGAAGGAUAAGAUUGUUUACGAUGAGCAGACUGGUACUUGGAAACGCCGUUACGGUUAUGAUCGUGCAAAUGAUGAAGAUAAAGUACCAAUAAUCGAUGCAAAGAUUACUGAUGAACCAGGGGAAGAUCCUUUUGCUAAAAAACGCGCAGACAAAAAGAAAAAAAUUGAAAAGCAAGAGAAAAAUAGGUCGCAGAAUCUGAAAGAAGCGGCCAAAGCUGGUGCUUUGCCAAGCCAUGUUCAAUUAGCUGCUACAGCUUUGCCUAUAACCGGAAGCCAGGUUGUACCCAAGAAGGUUACGAAAGAGGAACUCGGGAAUGUGGCUGGAAUGGCAGCAACCUCAACAGCUAGCGGGGGAAAGUUUGACAAGAAACUGCCAGGUGAAAAGCCCGCUAAACACAAAGGAAAAUAUCGCAAGUUUCUACCGGUUGUAGAAGGAAAAGGGAUGGGCUCACAAGAGAGAGCGCAAACAGAGAAAGUCCUGAACAAGCUAUUCUCUAAGAAUUCCCAUGAGAUGCUCAACGUUAACAAGGCGGUCAACAUGUACAAUGUGAAGAAAGAGAAGAAACGGAAAAAUAAAGAAGGCAAAUCUUCACCAAGCUCAAGCAAGUUGAAACCAAAGAAGACACUUAAGAAGAAACCAUUAAAUAAGGGUUCUUCAAAGAAAGGCAAGGCUAAGUGAAGCUAGUUUAUAGUAACAACAGGUGUAACCUUGUACAAUUUUGGGACACGCUUAGAUUACCUGAAGGAAGCUGGUUCUUUUUGUUUUUUUUCCUAUUUUCUUUAAAGCAAAAAAUUAUUUUCAGUCUAUUAGUUUCUCAGUGCGCGUGCACAUACUUAAAUUCGGUGACAAGUCAAGGGAUGACCUAACCAAUGUCUUAUGCAAAUGAUAUAGGCGUAUGCUCUGAUCGUCAUUUGAAAUUUCAGUUUCUUCCUCU